UGCUUCAGUUCAAUGACUUCAUCUAUAACAGCGCUGCUGGAAAACGUUCAUUUAUUUGAGGUCCUCUGUGAAUUUGUAUAAGUUCAUUCAUUUAUAUUUCUCAUAAUGUCAAGAUAUCUACAUCCAAGUUUUCAAGACAAAACUGUUAUUUAUUUGCGUUGCAAAUGCUGCAACCGGUGUGUUUGUGCCCGUGGUAUGAAAGCGAUUUUGUUAGCCGACACCAAAGUGGAACUUUACUCGACAGAUUUACCCCCAGAACAGUCUAUUCAGUUGAUAGGACAAGAUUACAGAACGAAAAAUUGUUUUUGUCGGAUAAAAGACGUCGCCUGCUUUGGAUGUGGUUGCAUUGUGGGUUAUCAUGUUAUAUUACCAUGUUCAUCGUGCCUGGGUUCAUGUAAUAAUGGUCAUUUCUGGAUGUUUCAUUCAGAUGUCACAUAUCCAGUGGAAAGACUUGAUCCAACAGGAACAAAAGUUAUGCUUUGGGGCACUUUACCAAGUUGUACAGAAGAUACAGAAAUUAGAGACACUGAGCUUGAAAUUGAGUGCUUUCGGUAAACAAGGAUCACUAUAUUAAGCUGUUGGAAAUAUGUGUUUCAAUUCAAUAUUGUAUAUUUAUUAAUUUUGUACAGCAAAAAAUAGGUCACCUAGUGACAGGUCUUUGUGUUUCUGUAUUUUGUAAUUUAUAGAAAACAGGCCACAUCAAUAUUUUACAAAUAUAUUAAAUGGUAUUAUGUAUAUUAUCAAUAUGUAGAAUUUAUUAGGUGUGAUAUUAAUAAAAUUAUGUGGCUUGGUAUG